GGGGGGGGAGUCUGUGGGUGGUCGCGUUACAAAGCGCCGUCUGUCUGUCUUCUACUACCAGAAUGCCAUUGUCAUCAUGUUGGAGACGGAGAGACACAACAGAGAGAAACAAACACGGAGAGGGUGCGAGGGAGAGUCAGAGAGGGACAGAGAGACAGACGGAGAGAGGGACAGAGAGAGGGACAGAGAGAGAGACGGAGAGAAGGCCAGAGAGAGAGAAGGAGAGAGGGACAGAGAGAGAGAGAGACAAGGAGAGAGACAUAGAGAGACAGUGAGCGAGAGAGAGACAGAGAGAGCGGGGGGCUAAGCUCCGUCGGGACCAUGCUGCUCCCGUCUCUAAGAAAUCGAGCAAAAAAAACCAAGGGAACAAAGCUGAGGAAGAAGAGAGUUCAUCUGCAGAAGUCGACGGACUUCGGCCGUCACAGCCUUCUGUACCUGAAGGAGAUAGGCCAUGGCUGGUUCGGAAAGGUGUUCCUGGGGGAGGUGAGCGUGGGCCUGGACACCAACCAGGUGGUGGUGAAGGAGCUCAAGGCCAGCGCCAGCGUCCAGGAGCAGAUGCACUUCCUGGAGGAAGCCCAGCCGUACAGGGCCCUGCAGCACCCCGGCCUGCUGCAGUGUCUGGCCCAGCGCACCGAGGUCACUCCCUACCUGUUGGUGAUGGAGUUCUGUCCUCUGGGGGAUGUGAAGGGGUACCUGCGGAGCUGCCGGGCCACUGAGUCCAUCAUCCCUGAGCCUCUGAUCCUGCAGAGGAUGGCCUGCAACAUCGCCUCGGGCCUGCUGCACAUGCACAAGCACAACUUCACUCACAGUGACCUGGCUCUUAGGAACUGCCUGCUGACCGCUGAUGUCUCAGUGAAAAUAGGAGAUUACGGCCUCGCACACACCAAAUACAGAGAUGACUACCACGUGACGUCGGACCAGGUGCAUGUUCCGCUGCGAUGGAUCGCCCCCGAGCUGCUGGACGAGGUCCAGGGAGACCUGCAGAUGGCCAAUCAGACCCCGCCCAGCAACAUCUGGUCUCUGGGGGUGACCAUCUGGGAGCUGUUUGAGCUGGCGAACCAGCCCUACCGACACUACUCGGACCGGCAGGUGCUCAGCUACACCAUCAAGGAGCAGCAGCUGAAGCUGGCCAAGCCCCUGCUCAAGGUGCCACUGGCCGAGCGCUGGUAUGAAGUCAUGCAGUUCUGCUGGCUCCAGCCCGAACAGAGACCCACGGCGGAGGAGGUCCACCUCCUGCUCAGCUACCUCUGCGCCAAAGGAGCCAGCGAGGUGGAGGAGGACUUUGAGCGGCGCUGGAACUCCCUGCGUCCCACCACCGGAGGACACCACGGCCACAACCACGGCACCUCCCUGCCGUCCGACCGCCGCCCUCCGUCCUCCCCCUCAGCCUCGUCGUUCCCCCUGCUGGAGCAGUUCUCGGGGAUGGGCGAGGGCUACCAGUCGGAGAGCGGCGACGACAUACUGACGGUGACGGAGACGAGCCACGGCCUCAACUUUGAGUACAAGUGGGAGCAGGCGAGGGCGGAGCAGCACUACCAACCCGCCGCCCAUUCCGACGGCCUGGGUCACCACCGCUGCCACGACGAGUUCUACCCGCCGGGGGGCAUAGUGGGCGGGUGUCCCAUGGAGGGGAUAGGGGCCUCGCCUUCUUACUACCAAACCAAGCACCUCCACGCCCCAGGGGUGGUGCCCGUCCUCAGUGCCCACAGCCCCUCCUUAGGCAACGAGUACUACAUCCGCAUCGAAGAGCCGGGGGAGUGUAACAUCCAGCUGGACUACGACGUGUGCUCCUACAGCCCCGACUACCAAGGCAGCAGCGGAAGCUUCCUCACCGGAAGCGCCGAGUCCGGGGAAUGCAUGUCCUGUCCCUCGCAGGCAAACAACAUGGGCUCCUAUUGGUCAGCGGACAUCCACAAGGCCGACCUGUACGACUCGCAGGACUCGAGCCCGGCCAUCUCGCUCACCAUGGAGCCCUUACUGGGCCAAGUGUCGGACAGCAGCCCGCUGACGCCGUGGGUCUCCGGACACUACGUCUCGUACAAGGAACAAGACGGAGGUUACUACUACGAACCGUCACCCCCUCUGGGCAUGGAUCACCGUUAUCUGAUCGGGGACGAUGACCUCCCGGUGGAACCCCUGCAGGAGAGCUGGGGCUCCCGGAGUCUCCGGCAGGCCCUUGGGGAACUGGAGCACCCCCUUAGAGUACCCCCCGUUUUCAACACCUCACCCCAGCAGGCCUACGGAGAGCCCUACCUGGACUCCAGCCAGAGCUCCGUCAUCGGCAGGAACGUCACAGGGGGAUACUACGACAUGAUGGGCUCCUUGCGGAAGACCAUGCCCAGCCACACCAACCACACGAGACACGGCACCCACUCCCUCAGCAUCGACAUGGAGAUGGGCGGGGCGCUGUUCAUCGGACACAGGGACAGCGACACAGAGGACGAGGUGGACGAGGAGGACGUGUUCCUGGAGAGGCACAGCUGUAACACCUGGCCCGCCAAACACGGCCACGGUGUCCUGAGCAGACACAGGCGGGCUAAUGGCUGCAGGCAGGACUCUUACGUGGACUUCCACUACACAAUGCCCAGUACAGACAUCGAAGACUCCUGGCCAGAGGAAAACAGUCUGGCCUUCCAUUCGAUGCCCAAACCCAUUGAGUACCUGGAGCCCAAAGACAACAGUGCCUGCCUCGGUCUGAGCGCGCUCCAAACGUUAGCACCCUCCGACGAUGCCUACAUCUACAUGUGCAAAGAAGGGGAGACCCAGUUGCCUAUGCCUGGCGAGUGCUGUCACUCCCACUUCAUUGACCCACUUACCGGCUUGCUGGUAAGAAACUAUGACCCUGAUGAUUAUGUCACAGACAAGGUCGUCGAGACUCCUAACAGUGAGGAGCUGGUCAAUCUAUCGCCUGCUCCCGGGGGACCUGUGGUCAUCAAGAACGCCCCCCUAAACUCUGACAAAAUCACACAGACAAUGAGCAUCCAAGAGCCGUACAUUGACCUCUCUGCGAGCGACGCCACAGAAAAGACAGACAUCUCGGCAAACCACAUUGAGUACGUAGCAGAGGUUUGCAUACCGCUAACGGCUCACGCCGGCUUAGAAAAGCCGGAGACGGCGCACGGUACCCAGGCGGAGACGGAAUCAGAGCUCAGUCUGACGGCGGACAGCGGGGUGGACCGAUGCGGCUCCAGCGUCAGCCUCAUCGACAUCCUGGACUGCAGUGACGACGACGACGACGACGGCAACGACACCACGGACGACACCACGGACGUCACCUCCGGCAUCUUUGCGGACGAAUCGAGCGAGCUUACGGCGUCGCCUGUCGUCAAGUCCCUGCAGAAGCCGAGUGGAACCCCCGAUUCCAUGGACUCCAUGGAGCUCCUGUCUGUGGGCGGGUGCUUUGAGGGCUUUGCCCUUCCGCCUGCCAAACCCACCAACUCCCCCAGGGCUAUGGACAGCGGCUACGACACGGAGAACAACGAGAGUCCAGAGUUUGUCCCCAAAGAGCCCCAUGAGCCCCGUGAACCGUCUGAGGGGAAGAAGGCCACCCUCUACCCCAGUCUGGACGAGGAGGAGGAAAUGGAGGAAGAGGGGCUCAGAGCUGAUGCGGUUCCGGUAGAAACAAACGAACAGUCGGUCUCUGAAGAUGCAUGUGUAGAAUCCUCAACGACCGAGGAUAACACUCUCAUUCCACUGAGUAAAAAGAUUCCUUACAGAGACUCUGCCUACUUCUCAGACUAUGAGAGCGAGAGACAGUCCAGGGAUGAAGGGGAUGAAGCUGUUGAGAUAGGAAGAGAGGGGGAAACGAUUUCAGACACUGAGUGCAUGGUAGAGAGAAAUCUCGAUAACACGAGGGAGGAGGAAUUAGAGGACCUCGAGGCCCUUGAGAUGAACAUAGAAUCCAACAGAGCAACCACUCUCUUGUGCAUCGAGGAGGAUGAGCAUAUGGAGGGAUCUUUUCAGUCCUCUGAGUCAGAGUUGGCCGAAUUGGAAGAGUGGCCAUCCCAGGACGAGAACUCCUCCCUGGGGGACUGGGCGGCAGAAGUGGUGGGAGCCAUGGAGGAAGCUCUUGGCGCUCUCGGUGAGGAGAGGAUCAGGGCAGAGCAGGAGAAAGAAUUGAGCAGCAGAGACUUCCUACAAGAUUCAGAGGAGGCGGAAGAGGCUGAGCAGACACAGAGCGAACUCGCCGGAGGAUUGAGUGAAAACUCCUCCACCUUAGCCAAAGACAAAAUGGUGGCAUUGGAGUACGGUACCCCCCGCCGGUUCUCCUCCUCCUCCCCCCCGCCUCCCUCUAGUCCCCUCCCUUCGCUGCCCCCGUCUCCGGGCCGGGCUACCCCUGGCGACGCAGAGGAUGCUGACAAGGAGGACGCCGACUCUGACGACAGCGAGGAGUCGGACGAGGAGCUGCGCUCGUACAGCAUGCAGGAGCAGAGCGGCGGCGAGGAGAGCGAGGACGAGUGCUACCCCGUGCCCGUCAUCGUGAGCGACACCAGCGACGCCCACAACCUGAGAAGCCUCCUCAAGGUUCCCAGCGUUACCACCCCGGGCGGCAUGGACGACGCUCUGGAGAACAAGAAGAAAGUGGUGUCCUUCUUUGAUGAUGUCACCGUCUAUCUGUUUGAUCAGGAGAGUCCCACCAAGGAGUUGGUUGAGCAUGGCUUUCUCUCAGGAGAGGACGGUCGAGGUACACCGAUGAGACCCCAGGAGAAGGUGCAGGCCCCGUCAGACGACUCCUCAGACGGGAACGUCUCAGAAGAGAGUGCCGGCUACGAAUGGGAGGACGACUUCUCCCUGCUGCCUCUGCCCACAUCCAAGAUGGUGUCCGACUCCCCUCCCCCGCCACACUCCACCCCCCCGCCACCGGGGCCCCAGCCCGCCGCCAAGUUCUCCCGCUUCACCGUCUCGCCGUCUAGUGUUUCCCGCUUCUCAAUCACGCACGUGUCAGACUCGGACGUGGACUCGGCGUGAGGAAGUACGGCAGCGCUGGCGACCAAACAUCGCUUGUAGGUCACUUUGGAGGAGGGCGUCGAAGCACUCAACGGAUGGAUGUGGAACGUGCAGGGGAAGAACCGACAGCAGUCCGGUGGAGACCAGACCAGUGGGCCUACUGGGAGAUUCUUCUUCUGGCCUGGGUUUUACCCUCAGAGACGGAACCUCCUCUCCUUCAUAGACACGCUCCUUCCGACCGGGAUACGGAGUCAAGAUCAUCCUUUUUAAAUUAUUUAGAAGAGGGUAUGGUAAUAUGUGGUUUCCAAAAAAUAGAUUUAAAAAUAAAAAAUACAUAAAUUAUAAAUAUAUAAAUAUAUGUAUGUGUGUAAAGAAGAAUCAAUUAUUGGGCUGGGGAUGCAGCACAAUUCUGUUUAUUUUUGGAAGAUAAAGGCAUAAUGGAAGGAGAGGUCUUUGAAAGCCAUUGCGUGUGUUGUUUAGUUUUAAUUGCCAACAGUUAGUAUUAUUAUUAUUAUGAAUGUGUGGAGCCAGCCGGGGAUUUCAGGUAAGGCGAGUUAUACUCCAAAUACCAAGACAAACAUUGACUGGGAUUUUCUACGAUCACUGAUCAGCUCCGGAAGAGGACUGUUGGACCAUCUGAGGACGUCUUUUGUUUUUGUGAGAACCUUUCUGUUAUCUUGUCAACGUGGAUAUUUCCUGAAAAUCCUUGAGGUAUCAGAAGUAAUACAACGUGUGUACUUGGGGGAAAUUUCAGGAAACAGGAAUCAAAAUGGACGCCCAAGUGUUUUACAAGCAAAGUCUAAACUUCUAGGAAAGGUAUACAGGGGUACAGCAUGACUGUAUUAAAAACACAAAUAAAAAAAUAGCUCAUCCUGCUUGGACGAUGGAUGUUUUAA